CCAAUGGAGGGCUCAUAAAAACUCUUCUGGUUACAGUAUGUUUGGUUGGUAGACCAUUGGUCUGGAUCACAGCUAUUUAUUCAUUGUAAGGACGAGGAUCUUCCAUUCAUUGGUAAAGAUGACUGCUUAUUUGUCCUCAACCACCGAAGUGACGUUGAUUGGAUCAUCACUUGGCAGGGUGGCAAAGCAUGCAUGAAGGAUGAGCUGAAGUACGUUCCCAUCAUGGGCUUGUCCUUCUUUCUCACUGAACAACCUUUCGUCAAGAGGAAUUACACUAAGGACAAGGAGAACCUUUUGAAGCAACUACGAAACAUCACUACAUUUCACUUUCCAACUACAACCGUCAUAUUUUGUGAAGGGACAAGAUACACAGAGGAAAAGUACCGGCUUAGUCAGGCUUUUGCGAGAGAGAGGGGACUCCCUGAGCUGAAGCAUCAUCUGAUACCAAGGACCAAAGGUUUUGGUCUGUGUGUACAGGCUUUCAGAGGAAAAAACGUCCAAAUAUAUGAUGCAACACUGGCGUAUGAGGGUGGCAAGGCUCCAACACUCUAUGAUGUACUCUGUGGCAAGAAGUCUGACUGUCAUGUUUAUGCAAGGAGAUUCCCUUUAGAUGAUGUUCCUUCUGGAUCAGAGGAUGAGUUUGCCAUGAGAUGUACAGAGGAAAGGACAAAGCUUUUGACUACUUCCUUCAGCAUGACACCUUUGAAGGAUUUGAUGCAGAGCGAUCAAUGCAUGGCUUCCCUUGUCCAAGACUCUCUCUAUAUGUUGUGAGUGGAUGGGGGCUUCUUAUUGGUUUACCAAUCCUUUACUACACCUCUAUGAUAGUCAUCUCUGGGUCUAUCUUGAAAGUGCUUAUCCCAUCAGCAGUGCUCUAUGCAAUCUACCGUUUUUCAGGCAGACAUGCAAUCUACUGAGACCUCAUCUUACGGUUGAAGGACAAAACAAAAUAAUGUUGGUUCAAUUUAAAUGAAAGAACAAUAAAAUCACAGUA